UGAGUUUCUUUUUCCUUACAGCAUGUGUUUGAUGAUCUCAGUGGCUCCGUAUCCUUGUCUUGGGUUGGAGAUAGCACUGGGAUCAUUCUAGUCUUGACUACCUUCCAUGUACCACUGGUAAUCAUGACUUUCGGACAGUCCAAGCUGUAUCGAAGUGAGGACUAUGGAAAGAACUUUAAGGAUAUUACAAAUCUCAUCAAUAACACCUUCAUUCGGACUGAAUUUGGCAUGGCUAUUGGUCCUGAGAACUCUGGAAAGGUGAUUUUAACAGCGGAGGUGUCUGGAGGAAGUCGCGGAGGAAGAAUCUUCAGAUCAUCAGAUUUUGCAAAGAACUUUGUUCAGACCAAUCUCCCAUUUCAUCCUCUGACUCAGAUGAUGUACAGCCCUCAGAAUUCUGACUAUCUUUUAGCCCUCAGCACUGAAAAUGGCCUGUGGGUGUCCAAGAAUUUUGGGGGAAAAUGGGAAGAAAUCCACAAAGCAGUAUGUUUGGCCAAAUGGGGAGCAGAAAACACCAUCUUUUUUACUACCUAUGUGAAUGGCUCCUGCAAAGCUGACCUUGGGGCACUGGAGUUAUGGAGAACUUCAGACUUGGGGAAAAGCUUCAAAACCAUUGGUGCGAAAAUCUACUCAUUCGGUCUUGGGGGACGUUUCCUUUUUGCCUCGGUGAUGGCUGACAAGGAUACAACAAGAAGGAUUCAUGUGUCAACUGAUCAAGGGGACACGUGGAGCAUGGCCCAGCUCCCCUCUGUGGGGCAGGAACAGUUCUACUCUAUUCUAGCAGCCAAUGAUGACAUGGUGUUCAUGCAUGUAGAUGAGCCUGGAGAUACCGGGUUUGGCACUAUCUUUACCUCGGACGAUAGAGGCAUUGUCUAUUCCAAGUCCUUGGACCGACAUCUUUAUACCACGACCGGUGGUGAGACAGACUUUACCAAUGUGACCUCCCUCCGCGGGGUCUACAUAACAAGUGUGCUCUCUGAGGAUAACUCUAUCCAGACUAUGAUCACGUUUGACCAAGGAGGAAGGUGGAAGCAUCUGAGGAAGCCUGAGAAAAGUGAAUGUGAUGCUACAGCAAAAAAUAAGAACGAGUGCAGCCUUCAUAUUCACGCUUCCUACAGCAUCUCCCAGAAACUAAACGUUCCAAUGGCCCCCCUCUCAGAGCCAAAUGCCGUGGGCAUAGUCAUCGCCCAUGGUAGCGUGGGGGAUGCCAUCUCAGUAAUGAUCCCGGACGUGUACAUCUCAGAUGAUGGGGGUUACUCCUGGACAAAGAUGCUGGAAGGACCCCACUAUUACACCAUCUUGGAUUCCGGAGGCAUCAUUGUGGCCAUUGAGCACAGCAGCCGUCCUAUCAAUGUGAUUAAGUUCUCCACAGACGAGGGUCAGUGCUGGCAAACCUACGUGUUCACCAGGGAGCCCAUCUACUUUACCGGCCUUGCUUCAGAACCUGGAGCCAGGUCCAUGAAUAUCAGCAUCUGGGGUUUCACAGAAUCUUUCCUGACUCGCCAGUGGGUCUCCUAUACCAUUGAUUUUAAAGAUAUCCUUCAAAGGAACUGUGAAGAGAAGGACUAUAUCAUAUGGCUGGCUCACUCUACAGACCCUGGAGAUUAUGGAGAUGGCUGCAUUUUAGGCUAUAAAGAACAGUUCCUGCGGCUACGCAAGUCAUCUGUGUGUCAGAAUGGUCGGGACUAUGUGGUGACCAAGCAGCCGUCCAUCUGUCUCUGCUCCCUAGAGGACUUCCUCUGUGAUUUUGGGUACUUCCGUCCAGAAAAUGACUCCAAGUGUGUGGAAGAGCCAGAGCUGAAGGGCCACGACCUGGAGUUUUGUCUGUAUGGCAGAGAGGAGCACCUGACGACAAAUGGGUACCGGAAAAUUCCAGGAGACAAAUGCCAAGGCGGAGUGAAUCCAGUUCGAGAAGUGAAAGACUUGAAAAAGAAAUGCACAAGCAACUUUUUGAGUCCAGAAAAGCAGAAUUCCAAGUCAAAUUCUGUUCCAAUUAUCCUGGCCACUGUGGGAUUGAUGCUGGUCACAGUCAUAGCAGGAGUGCUCAUCGUGAAGAAAUACGUCUGUGGGGGAAGGUUCCUGGUGCAUCGGUACUCCGUGCUACAGCAACAUGCAGAGGCCAAUGGUGUGGAUGGUGUGGAUGCCUUGGACACAGCCUCCCACAGGAAUAAAAGUGGUUAUCAUGAUGACUCAGAUGAGGACCUCUUGGAAUAGCUCGUCAAAGAGCUGGGACCAAGCACGGAUGAUAGAAACGCAGUACCUCUUACACUCCCUGUGGCUCCGACUUGGGGAAAUAAAUUUCCCAUUGUGAGGAAUCCAGCUAUGUUUCCGCUGCUUCCGUCAAAGCCAGAAGGACUUCCACUAAAGAAAUGCAGGGAGUGGGGUGGGGGCAAAACCCUAAACACUUACAAUUGGCUCUGAGGGGGAAAAAUUUUAAAUCUUUAACGUCUUACUUCAAGUUCUGUCUUUUUGCAAAGUAUGGGCUCUUUUUGUUUUUGUUUUUUAAGGGAAAUGAAAUGGAAUUUGAAGGGAAGGAACAUUUCAUUGACUCCAUUCCUGCAUGUUUUGCAUGGCGCCUGCCCCAGGGCACCUGCCAACUCCAGCAUCAACUCUCACCAAGUAGUCGUUGUGAUCCCUAGGCUCUGCUGGUGACACAGCAGCUGCAGAGGUGAAAUCAGAGGCUGUGGUGACUAGCACCACCUGGGCAACCUUUCUGUGUCUGGGGACAGCCCUGCUCCGAGAACCUUGCACACCAGCUUCUCACACAGAUCCCCACCUUUUUUUUUCCCCAGGGGCCAUAGAUCACAGUGAUUUUUCUUUUUCCUGUUUAAUUAGGCAAUGCCCUUGUUAACUGCCCUUUGGUGACUAACUUAACCAUGUGCUUCCAAGACACUAAAUCAGGAGAACUUAAAGGGCAAUAUUUUUAACUGGGGGCAGGAAGAAGGGAGCAUCAGAAAAUUGACUAGAUUUAGCACCUAUUAAAUGAGAGAUCCUUCCUUCCUCCAAGACUUUUCAAGCCAUGCUGUGUGUGUGCCAGAAGAGUUGCUGAAGGACGAUGCUGGGCUGUCUCUGGAUGCCUGCCCAGGCCAAGGGAUCUCUUUGCUAAAACUGAUGGUGGCAUGCACGGUGUAGCCUGAGGACUGAACAUGGUCUUCCACGUGCUCUUCUACCUGCUGUGUUGGCUCGGUGGUGAAUCAUUCAAAUGGCUGUUUGUUUCCUCUUAGGUGGCUUGUUGUAUGUGGAGUCAGGACUAGACAUGUUUUCACAACUAUAGGCUUUUCUAAAAAAUCAGAAUUUUACUACCAGGCUCUCUUCCUUACCCCUUUUCCCCAGCUUUGCCAAGAAAUUUAUUGGCAUGAAACUUUGGGCUGAACCAACUGAAAACACUUCCAGUGUAAGAUAUGAUACAUUAAGUUCAUAUUUUAAAUUUAAGGGAGUUUUCCAUUUGACAUUUUUUCAAAUUAAGUCAAUUAUAGAAUGUAGUGAGGUGGAUUUUGGGUGGCCAUAUAGUCAUGGAAAGCUGCAAUAAUUAGUUUUAAUACAACUUGAAUAUUUGCUAUAUAGGAAUAGAGUACAGUAUGCUUUUGGUCUUAGCGUACUUGCUGUGCUGGUCACGGUUUCUCCCAGUAAUUAUGAUUGGGACAUUCUCUGGUAACUGCCAUUUUGCUGCUAGUUCAUUUUAUGGCCAGAAAGUCCGUAAAAGUAAAUGUGCCAAAUUAACUUUUGUCAGAAUGCAUGAGCAGAUGGCUAAAGUUCUCUCCUCACCAGAAUGGAAUAACAGCAGCAGGGGAAGUGGGGGAGGGAGUGGAUGGAGAAUUCUAGAGACUUGGAAACUGCAGUAAAAUUAAAUGAGUCAGGGAGCUUCAGUUAGAAAAUAAUAUUAGGAGGGCAGUUUUUGUAAAGAGAAUAUUUGUUAGAGCCAGAGAGCACUCGUCUUUUAGGAAAAGCAUUCAUUUUGCAUGGUUUUUAACUUUAAAAUAAUUCCAAAGAUAAACUAACUCACAAAGGAUAUAGUGUCAGCCUUUGUCCCAGACUCUCUCACCUCCUGCCCAAAGUGAUUUUGCUGCCCAGCAAAGACCUACUUCAUCUACACCCUUUCUCGUAGCAUAUACUCCCUGGGGUAGAUGUGCUGAGAUGUGGCAAUUCUCUGAUCAGCUUUAAGAUGUAGGAAAGUUAAUAUUCUUCUGUAACCAUACAAGAGUAGGGCUCUUUGCUUAUAAUAACACCUGGGAUUUCUGUAGAAAUUAGCAAUUUUCAAAGCAUUUGAACCUCAACAUUCUUGUGAAAUUAAAAAAAAAAAAAGGCAGGGAUUUUAAUCCCCACUUUUAGGAGAUGGAGAUGCAAAACUUGAGUAAACUGUCCAGGGCCCCUAUGUGUUACGAACAGUGCUGGCUGGCUGGCUUCAGGUGCUGCCUACCUGGAGCAGGGCUUCUUCCUUAUAGUAUGGCUGUUCUACAAGGUGGGUAUCAGUGGCAUUUCUUUCAGAGCAGUGUUUAGCACCCUUUUGCCACCUUAGUAGAAAUUUUAUUCUCCUGUUUUUCAUGGCUAAACACAAAAGUAAUGAUCAUUUUGAGUGUGUUUAGAAACUGCCUCUCACCUCAUUGAGGAUCACUAUUCGAGAGCAGGAGUGGACUCUCCACUAAGUCACCUUCUCCAUUCUCUGUCUCUCCCAUCCCUGGCUGGCUAGCUAGCUGGCUCGCUGGCUUAGUUGGUUUGAGGACUGCUCACAAGCCUGGCUUAUUCCCUUUACCAGCUAGUUAGUGUUCUACAUCAGCCUGCUCGCUCACAAGUGUAUGCCCUCAGCCAGUGAGUAAAACAGCCUAAACCCAUGAUUGUGUCUAAGAAAAAAAGAUCUCUUAAUUUGUCCUGAUGUUAGGUUAGGAGCAUUAUCUUUGGAAGUAUAGCAUAUUGUGUGAAAUCCCAGGAUUGAUAGAGCAGAAGAGAUUAUUUCUAGUGGUCUCAGCAAUAGAAUUUAGCAUCAUAAGAGAGGUUGGACAUAUCAGACCAUCCAGCGUGGUCUGAGCUCUUAAAUCCAGGUGGAGACCUUGCCAUGUUUCCUGCUUUAUGGAUAGGUGUCUUAGACCUGAGGGGGCUUUUGGUUUUCAAUGCAACCAGAGACGAGGGAUGCAUACACCUAGGCUGUGAUUUGAAUGGAAACACACUUAGAAGAAGAAUGAAAGCGUUUAGAGGGUGUGGUAGUUUAGGCUGAGCUCAGGAGAUUCAAUAGACUAGCUAUAACAAACUUAGAAUUUGCCAUCUGCCUCUGAAUAGGUAUGUGUGUGUGCCUCUCAGGUUUGCCUCUGGGCUUCUACAUGCCCAAGCUAGCCUUUUAUCCCUGACAGAUUAGUAAUGCACUGACCACUCCAGCUCCUGCUGGUUCUCCCAUGGCCUUUGUCAUGAUGCCAGGCUUGUCUACACCCACCCCAGGUGGCAGGGCUAGCCUGGCUUUAGUUAUUUCUUUAUUUUCCAGGCAAAUCAUCCAGGUAGAGAUUCUCUCUUCCCUUUUAGGAGGGCUCUAAAGAGCCCUGCCCCUAUGUGCAGGGGCUCAGAGCUCAUCCUGCUCAUUGUCGGUACAGCCCCCUUGUCCCAUAUGAAGACUUGGAACUGCUCAAAUAGGAAGAGAUUCAGCUUUUCAACUUUGCUGCUACCUUCUCUCAAGUAGGAAAAUAAACUUGGACUUAAAUGUCCUUUGAACAAAACCAAAGUUUAAGAUUUGCCACAUGAUAGAGUGGUAGAGAGGGCCAGACUGUCAGCGCCGGCACUGAGCAGGUGCCAGGCUUUCUGUUCCAUCUGCCACUGCUUGCUAGGCUCAGGGGGCUCCGGGAGCACCGUCAGCCCUAGCAGAGCCCAGGCCUUACCCUCAUGGAGGAUAACUGAAAUCGCAGCAGCACGUUGCCUUCCUGGUUACAUUACAUUAUAAUAAGAAUCAGAACAUGAAUUUGAAGUUGUCUUCAACUUGCUGUAUGCAUUUUCUCACACCAGUGCAUUCUUAAGGGUUCUUGUUUAUAGAGAAUAACAAACUAAUCUGUACCUUUAUACAUAUGUACAUAUACACAUGUAUAAACUGUAUAGUGUACAUGCUAAUGAUCUAUUGAUGUGUCCCAAAUCUUGACUGCAGUUCUCUUCCUCCGCAUGCCUGCAGUUGUGGUCAGGUGACGACUGUUCCCUGAUACUCUGCCCACCUCCUGUGUUUGGAUGUCUAGGGAAGAGGGUUUUAGUCAUACUCUCCUUAUCCUCGUGCACAAAAAUGCUCAGGGUCCCCAUGUGCCUGUUCAGUCCUCUCUUGUCUCUUGCUCCCUUUCUGAGCAUGUGGUCCCUCCCUGUUCUGUAUCUUCUCUGCCUCUUCCCCAAGCUAUGGGACAGCCGCCUUCCUAUUAAAGUGUAAAGCAGUUAUUAAGAUCAUUGCUGCAUGUGCGCUAAAAAACAAACCAGUUUUCUGUUCCCUUGGGACAGAAAAUUGCAUGUGAGGUGGGAUAAUCAAGUCUCAAUGACCCAUGCCAGUUACACAACAAAGCCAGACCCCAUAAUAAAAUUCCACAAAAUGGAAAUAAAACUCAAAUUUCUUAAGCAUUGUGUAAAUAAAUCUGGAUGUCUUUAACUUUGUACUGGUAAUUUUCUGUAUAUUUGCAAUAUUUGGGUUAGAAAUAAAACAGACUGGGACUUUGUUACUUGAGCUACUGAAA